GCUGAGUGGUGUUCGGGCCUCACCCCCAGCUCUGUCAUGCAGGACGGCGACUACAGGGCCUCAGUCUACCCGGUCAGGUACACCCUGCGGUUCCUUCGGGGACGGUCCCAGAGGAGUCAGUCUAUAGACCACCCUGACUACCCCCACCAUCUACACAGUCAGUCUAUGGACCACCCUGCCUACCUCCAAGACAUACAGAGGUCAAUCGAUACCACCCUGCCUACCUCCACCUACACAGGUCAGUCUAUAGACUACCCUGCCUACACCAACUACACAGGUCAGUCUAUAGACUACCCUGCCUACACCAACUACACAGGUCCGUCUAUAGACUACCCUGUCUACCUCCACCACAUACACAGGAUGGAGGAGUCUUUGUGUCUUUCUGCACUACGGUCUCAGUUCUACUCUGUACCAGCAGGCGGAGCCUUCUCUACCCUCCACCCCUCUGCCCUCCACAUGCACCUGCCUGGGGCACGCUACCCUGGGGAGUUCAGCCACACACACAGUGCACUGGCUGAGAGAAUACAGAUGAGGAAGAGCUUCGCCAACGAGAAGAGGGAGCGAGAGCGUGAACGAGAGAAACAGAGGGAGCAUGAGCUUGAACGGGAGAGAGAGAGGGAGCGGGAGAGAGAGAGGGAGAGACAGAUGGUGAGAGUGGUGAAGAGCCAGUACCUUGCUGGGCUGAAGGCUCUCACGGCUCUGCCGGAGGACAGGGUCAGACCUGGGGAGAGGCUGACACCUAACAGACUGGGUAAGCCCACCCUCCCUGCCCUCCCAUUACCUAAACCUCUACAGCCAGGCCUCCAGUCAGCCCCUCACCUCAUGCCCAGCCUGGUGCCCUCUCAGAUGGGGAACACACACACUGCCUCAGCCUCUUCCGGGGGGCUCCAUGGAACACUGGUCUCUGCCAUGAUGCUCCAACAGGCCAAUGGGGAGGAGCGCAUGUUGGCACGUCAACGCCGGCAGGGGCAGGAGAGGGAGGUGUGGCCACCUGGGGAAGGGGUGGAGCCUAGGAGAGACAGCUACAGAUCCAACGCCAGCCAACGUGACACAGGCAACAGAGAAUCUCAACCUCACCUAGGAGCCCCACCUCCACUCAUCUCACCCAAACCUCACCUCCUCCCCCACCCCCCUGCCCCUUCCACCACCCUCUGGAACCCUGCCUCCCUCACUGAGACGCCCCCAGACCCACGUUUCAGGUUCGACUCCCCUGUUCCUCCAUCUCGUUCCCCUCCUGACCUGACCAGAGCCGAGCGGUCCCCCAGCUGGGAGAGGGGGGAGGAUGGGUGCAGGAAGAGGGGGAAGGACGCAGAGAGGUUCUCGUCUGUCAGGGGACCCAUUCUGCAGGAGCCUGGCCUCUGGGGCUGGGCUGAGCUUGAAAGAUCCACUCACAGUCUCCACCACCACCACCAUAACCACCACCAUAACCACCUCCACCAGAGUGGUUCGCUGUCCGUUUCCUCCCCCAGCCCCAGCUCCAACCUGGGGGUCCAGCACCACGCCAGCUCCCCAUCUCCCUCCAUGGACCUCCAGAGGUCUGAACGGCCAGGCGAGGAGCCUCAGAACCCAGUGGUGUACGAUGAGAUCCUCCAGCAGCACCGCAGGUUGGUCAGCAAGCUGGACCUGGAGGAGAGCAGGAGGAGAGAGGCCAGGGAAGGAGGGUAUGACUAUGAUCUAGAUGAGUGGUAUGAUGACAGUGAUGAGGAGGAAGUGAGGGCCCACCUCAGAAGGGUAGCAGAGCAGCCCCCGUUAAAACUGGACACAUCCUCAGAGAAGAUGUGUUUCCUGCGUGUGUGUGGCCUGACCACGCUGGCCCAUCGUGACCAGCUGCUUCAUCAGAAGAGGAGGAAGAGGAGGAGGAUGUUGAGAGAGCGCAGCAUCUCCCCUCCAGCAGUACGAGGCAAGAGGAAGACCUCUCCGCCUCCUGUGGCACCCGCUCCCCCCCUCAGCACCACUCUCACCCCAGAGGAGAUGAACUGCUCCCCUCACCUGGAGGACAAGAAACACUUUCUCAACAUGUUCAGCCUGUCCCAUGUGACCAACCAGCAGAGGAGAGAUAAGGAGAAGAUGGAAGGGUUGUUGAAGGCUAUAAAGCUGAAGAGUGUGACGUUGGACACCAUCAGAUACAACCCAUUACCCCUCUGUAGAAGCCCCCCUGUUUCCCCAACUGGCGAAUCAAACGGACUCCACUACCCAGACUCCCCAAGCCCCUCGCCCUCCUACCCCCACCACCCCAACAACCUCCACACAGACCCACUAAAACCAUCCACCCCUCCACCCAGCCAACCGCCUCCCCUGGCCCCCGACCCCAACACGAAAGGACUGGGUGGAGGUCACCCAGCUAAGAGGCUCCAGUGCCUCCAGAAUGGAGCAGGCCACCCUGGCCAUCAUCCUCAACAGAAGGUUCCCCUGGCUGUGCAGAACGGGCAGAACAAACCCUGGGAAAGAUUCAUCCCGAAGGACUUCCACCAGUCUGUGUUGCAGUCUACCCACAAGACACUGAGUGGCUCCACCUGCGUUCCAGAGUCCAGUAUAAAGUCUGAGCCCUCAGUGCCCUACAACAUCCCCCCACUGAAGAGACCAGCCCUCCUCAACACAUCCCUACACCCCACCAACGGGCAUCACCCUUACCCCUCUCCACCCCACCAUGUACCCCUUGGCGUACGUGAUGAGCUGUCAGAGGAAGAGGAUGAGGAGGAGGAGGGAGAAGCCCCUAGGAAGUGGAGGGGCAUAGAGUCAGUCUUUGAGGCGUAUCAGGAGUAUGUGGAUGAGCGGGGUAUGGAGAGACAGGUUCUUCACAGUCAGUGCCGGAGGCUGGAGACUCAGAACUACACUCUCAGUCUGACAGCUGAACAACUCUCACACAGCAUGGCGGAGCUGGUGAGUCAGAGACAGAGGGUGAGAGAUGAGAGAGAGAGGCUGCAGGCUCAGCUGGAACACUUCAGGAAGUGUCUGACCAUUCCCAACGUGCACUGGGGCAAGGGGCAGGUCAAAGGUCGCCCCUCCCCGGUGACCCCCUGUCCUGCUGCAGACCGACAGACAGACAGACAGACAGACCAACGACCGAUGACCGAUGGAGAGAGAGAGGACACUGAAUUGGUUCCCAGGUUUGGAAGCAACCAAUAG